UCAAGGUUCCGUGGGGCCGAGCAGCAGGCUCCGAGGCUGGACAGCGGCUGGGCCUCCCCUUCAAGUGAAUGAGCGAGAACCGGGGCGCUGGCGGAGGACCCCCGUGAGCCCACCACCCAGCCGAUGCCCUCUGCCUGCCUGGCCCGCCCGGGGGCCCAUGUCAUGCUGGUCACCGUGUACUGUGUGCGGAGGGACCUGUCCGAGGUGACCUUCUCCCUCCAGGUCAGCCCUGACUUCGAGCUGCAUGACUUUCGGGUGCUGUGUGAGCUGGAGUCGGGGGUCCCCGCCGAUGAGAUCCAGAUCAUCCACAUGGAGCAGGUCCUGACCAAUGACCGUGGCUCGCUGGGCUCCUACGGCCUCCGUGACGGCGACGUGGUGGUGCUGCUGCAGAAGGAGAGCGCGGGGCCCUGGGUUCCAGGCCGCACGGCCAGCCUGACGCACAUGGAGCUGGCCGGGCUGGCAGAGCCGGGCACAUCGGGUGGCCGCCAGCAGCACGCCACACAGAAGCACCUGCAGCGCUGGGCACACACCCGCGGCCUGAGCUCCAGCGAGAAGAGGGUGCCCUCGCAGGGCCUGGACAGCCCCACGCUGAUCCGGAGCAUGCUGCUGUCCAACCGCCACGACCUGUCGCUGCUGAAGGAGCACAACCCCCGCCUGGCGGAGGCCUUGCUCAGCGGGGACCUCGAGAUGUUUUCGAGCGUCCUGAUGGAGCAGCAGAGGGAGAGGGCCCUGCGGGACCAGGAGAGGCUUCGUCUCUCCUCCGCUGAUCCAUUUGAUUUGGAAGCUCAGGCCAAAAUCGAAGAGGAGAUCCGGCAGCAGAACGUCGAGGAGAACAUGAACAUCGCGAUGGAGGAGGCCCCGGAGAGUUUCGGGGAAGUGGCCAUGCUCUACAUCAACUGCAAAGUCAACGGGCACCCUCUGAAGGCCUUUGUGGACUCAGGGGCCCAGAUGACCAUCAUGAGCCAGGCGUGUGCCGAGAGAUGCAACAUCAUCCGGCUGAUGGACCGGCGCUGGGCUGGCAUCGCCAAGGGGGUGGGCACGCAGAGGAUCAUCGGCCGGGUCCAUCUGGCACAGAUCCAGAUCGAAGGGGAUUUCCUGCAGUGCUCGUUCUCUAUUCUCGAGAACCAGCCCAUGGACAUGCUCCUUGGGCUGGACAUGCUCAGGAGACACCAGUGUUCCAUCGACUUGAAGAAAAACGUGCUGGUGAUCGGCACCACGGGCACGCAGACUCCCUUCCUUCCCGAGGGGGAGUUACCCCUGUGUGCCAAGCUGGUCAGUGGUGCUGGGCAAGAAGAGUCUUCAGACAAGGAAGUAGCAGAAACUAUUAAGCGCUCGGUCAAGGAUUUAGGACGGAAAAAGCGUUGAAAUGGAUUAUAAAUAGGCCACCACCUAGAGGGAACCUCAGGUCCCGGGAAAUUCUAAAAUAUGAGCUCACUGGCAAUGUAAUCAUUAAAAACAUCAGUAACAAUCAAA